AUGUGUCAUCCUGACGUAUCAUGGGUUGAUAUACUACCGACAGUCCUACUUGGACUUAGGAAGGAAGAUCUUCAAGUAUCACCUUCCGAUUUACUUUAUGGCGGUUCAUUGCGUCUUCCAAACGAUUUCUUUGAUGAAGCCGAUAAUCCUGUUGAUUCUCCUGAAUUUUUACGAAAACUUCGGGAAUAUUUUAAUCUUCUGCGCCCUACACCAACAGCUCAUCACAAUAAAGGCAAGAUGUUUAUCUUGAAAAAUCUCCAUGAUUGCACUCAUGUCUUUCUACGUACUGAUGCUGUUCGAGGACCUUUACAGACACCAUACACGGGUCCGUACAAGGUUAUAAAACGACUUUCAGACCGGUUAUACACAAUACGAAUCAAAGAAAAUGAUGUAAACGUAUCCGCAGACAGAUUAAAACCAGCUUUUAUCAUAAAUGAUACUCAGCAGAACAUCACUUCGGAAAUUCCCAACACACCACCUGAUCAACAAAGUACAAAUUCUACAUCUCAAAAUACCACAUCUGCUAAUCAACUUACUGCCGCCACGAAUGUUGCGCAACGUAGUCCAACGCCUACGGAAAUAUCGUUCCAAUCAGAUCCUGACUUUGUCACUGGAGAGGGAGUGGAUGUGGCAGCACCGAGCCUGCCUGUUUUACAAAACCAACAGUCUGGCAACGCAUCAGAUAGAAGCAAACGAGUUGACAGACGUAAACAGAAAUUAAUUCCAAAAGUCGUCUUUGCUACUACACAUGUAGCUUUCUAG